AAAUUUUUGUCACGUGGUGGUCAAUGAUACACCCUCCCAUGCCCGCAUCUCCGUUUGUAUGAAGGCGAUCGGGCGAUUGCGGAGCGAUGCCAGGUGUCCGAAGAAAGGUGGAUUCCUCAAAUAGGGACAGUGAUGACGAGCGAACGCCCCUUUUUGAAGCGGACCACCUUCCAUCAACAUCUGGCUCGAUCAACAGCCAUGGCAGCGGCCAAGAUACGAUCAAGCGUAUGCGGGAACUCGGUUCACUCAACCUGCUUUCACAGAAGUACGAGAGCCUCGACUAUGAUACAUGCGAAAACAGCCUUUACUUUGAGGAACAUCGGAUGACAACAUUUACGGCAAUACGAAACACCAAUUGGAAACGAUGGUUUGUCACCUUCAUCAUUGGCAUUCUUACAGCUUUGACUGCCUGUGCCAUCGACAUUUGCAUCGAAGUCAUAUCUGAUCUCAAGUUCACUUUGUUGAAAACAUGGAUCAACGAUUGCAUCCGCAGGGAUUGCAUCAUCCUGCCUUACCUGGGCUGGGUUGCCAUGAACGCAACUGCUGUUCUGGCUGGAGCAAUAUUAGUGGCCUACAUUGCGCCGGUGGCGGCAGCAAGUGGCAUUCCGGUCAUCAAGUGCUACCUGAAUGGUGUCAAGGUUCCACAAGUGGUCCGUUUCAAGACGCUGGUCGCCAAGGCUGUGGGCGUAGUCCUCUCCGUCGUUGGGGGCCUGGCCGUGGGGAAGGAGGGUCCCAUGAUUCACUGCGGCUCGGUAAUUGCCGCUGGUAUCUCGCAAGGCAAGAGCACCACGUUUCGGAGGGACCUCAACUGCUUCCGGGAAUUUCGUGAGGAUCAUGAGAAGCGAGACUUUGUCUCUGCAGGCGCAGCUGCUGGAGUGGCUGCUGCUUUUGGAGCACCCGUUGGGGGCGUUCUGUUCAGUUUAGAAGAAGGCGCCAGCUUUUGGAACCAGUCUCUGACAUGGAGGAUUUUCUUCUGCUCGACCAUAUCAGCCUUCUCGUUGAGCGUCAUCCUGAGUGCCUUCCACGGACACGCCGGGGAGCUGUCUUUCUCGGGCUUGGUCAAUUUCGGCGAGUUUGAUGAUGUGCAGUGGAGCAUCAUAGAGCUGCCCAUCUACAUUAUCAUGGGAGCCUGUGGUGGUCUGUUGGGGGCCGUCUUCAAUCACGUGAACUUCAAGCUGACCGUCUUCAGGAUAAGGUACCUGCACCGGCGCUGGAUCAAAGUCAUUGAAGCUGUCGCUGUGGCAAUAGUCACUGCCUCUGUGGGCUUCCUCAUGAUUGACAUCUCGACCGACUGCCGGCCUCAUCGGGAUGACUUUUAUGAUAAUGCUUUGCAGUUCAACUGCUCUGAUGGCCGGUAUAGUGCUCUUGGAGAAAUCUGGUUCCAAACGCCCGAAGCCAGUGUUAGAAGCCUUUUCCACCGACCUGAAGGUACAUGGACGGCACUUACCCUGCUGGCCUUCUUCGUGGUGUAUUUCUUGCUGAGCUGUUGGACGUAUGGUCUGAGCGUCUCCAGUGGAGUGUUCAUCCCCACGCUCCUGGUGGGCGCAGUCUGGGGUCGUCUGCUCGGCAUUGGCGUCCGUAACAUGUUCCCAACAAGUACGUGGGUGAACCCUGGCAAGUUUGCGCUGAUUGGAGCGGCAGCGACCCUGGGUGGUGUGGUUCGCAUGACGCUCAGCCUGAGUGUCAUUUUGAUCGAGGCCACGCGCAACAUCACUUUUGCCCUGCCCAUCAUGAUUGCCCUGACGGUGGCCAAGUGGGUGGGCGACUUCUUCUCCGAGGGUCUUUAUGACAUCCACCUUCAGUUAGCUGGUGUUCCGUUUUUGGGCUGGGAGGCUCCUUCACGCUCGAGCAACAUUUCAGCCAGGGAGGUGAUGGGUUACCCUGUGGUCACAUUCCGGACAGUGGAGAAUGUUGGCAGGAUCAUCGAUGUGCUGGCCUCCUGUCCGCACAAUGGUUUCCCCGUGGUGGACACGGCUGAGGAGCAUUCUGGUGAAGAUCACUCGUUUGGGCGCUUCCGGGGCAUCAUCCUCCGGUGGCAGCUUAUCGUUCUUCUUCAGUACAAGAUGUUCCAGAGCGACAGUGAGGGAGCCUGCCAUCGCAGACUGCGGCUCUCCAAUUUCCGGGAUGCCUACCCACGCUACCCGACCAUUCAGCAAGUGCACGUCUCUGUUCACGAGCGGGAGUACAGCAUGGACCUACAGCCCUUCAUGAACUCGGCUUCCUACACAGUCUCGCAUAAUGCCUCACUGUCAAGAAUUUUCAAGCUCUUCAGAGCCCUUGGCCUUCGGCACCUAGUUGUCGUCAAUGGUAGCAACAUGGUUGUCGGCAUCGUUACCCGCAAGGACCUCGCCCGAUACCGUAUGACAAACCACUAUGGCCGACUUGGCAUGGAAGAGCUGCAUGUAUCCCAUGGCUGAUGGAAACACUUGAUGCUGUGAUCUUUGCGUGCCAAGUGGAGAUUCGUGGUGUGCAGACUCUGACACUUGUUCUCUCUGUUCAAUGCAAGGACACUUUCAGCAUUGGCUGAAGAUGGACAUCAUAGCACACAAGCAUUCUGGUUGGCAAAUCAUGCACCGUUAGGAAUCAUGUACUGUUUAAACAAACACAGAGUGCAGAAUUUUUAGGCAAUUGAGGUCUUUGUGCACAUGAGUUAUUUUUGAUAGCAAUUUCUAAUUGUUCUUUUUUACUGCAGGCCUGCCUAAACUGUCAUAUGCAAGUGUGAUUGUACAGUACUUGACAAUUGCUGCGUUGUUCAGUAAGCUCUUGUGUUAACUAGAAUGAGCUGAACUAGUGAAAGUUUCGCGAAGCUUUUGCUGCUGAUGCUGUCUGUAUGCACCAGGCUUGGCAAGCCCUAGUGGAGUGUGUAUGUUGAACUGCUUGAAAGACCUGAACAUUGAUACUCAGGAUUCUCAAUCUAUACUUGUACAACAUGGAAUGAUUGUAAAUUGUUACUUUGCUACUAAUGUAAGAUACAUACAAUGCCCAACGCUUGCUGUAGAUGAGCGGCUUGAUGCUUAUUUUAUCUUGCAAUGUAUUGGAUCUGUAACUACAGCAACGUUGGCCUGUUUCAUUACUCAGGAGAAAGAUCACAUAUUCUUGUCAUGGAAGCAAAACAUUCCUGACAAACUUGCAAAUUGCAGAAGAAUCAAAGUUGUGAUAAAAAUAAAUACAUCAUUCUAGUCUCCUGUUUUGCAGUUGUAGUUCUGCAACAGUACUAACUUCAGUUCCUCUGUAGUUAUUAGGCCAGAUGGUGUUUUAUUCACUGUUGGAUAUCUUGGGUUUAGAAGAUACCCAGCUAAUUCCAUAUUCUCCGAUAUUUCUUUAUAGACACCAGUUGUAGUAACUGAAAGCAAAGGUUAUAGUAGCCAUGGUUAAUCAGUCAUUGAUUGUGAGUUGUUCCGCGUUUUAUACCAUCUUUGUCAUAUUUCUUGUUUAGUAUGUCACUUAUUGUUAAUAUACUGUAUGUAUAGCUUUUGAAACGUUCCCAUUCGAAGCUUACUAGUUUAGGUACGCAGGCUGUGCUUGCACAAUCAAGUCAAGUAGUUGAUGGGAACAGAGUGUAGGUAUCUAAGAUGGACACUAUAGGCACAAAAAUAAGUGAGCACUUGAAGUGUAUACCUUUUGUAAUGACUGACAGUUCAUAUUUGCUACUUUUUGCACUGGGUGUUUUAUGGUCAACAUGUUCUGUGAAUCAGUAACAGCCAGGACCUACUCGCCUACAGAAUUUGUUUGCAAAUGACAGAGGCCAUCUUGCUAGGAUGCACUUUCAUUUCGACGUAGUUUUGCUCACCAAAGCUUGCAGAAUUUAUGCUAUAGACUUUGUCAGAAUAUUUUAAUUGAUGCUUGCUUUCUCUUUUUUGCUGUGAUGAAUUAGUGUUCGUACAUUUAUUGUUGUGUACACUUAAAAGAGCAUGCAUUGCAUUUGUACAUAUAUAUAUACAUAUGCUGUUUUGCAUCGUGAAUUUUCAAUACACUGUACCUUUGUUUUCAUGCAUAAAAGAUUGGUUGUUUCAUAG